CUAUAGUAGAGGCUCCUGGCCUGAUAAGAGGAGGCCAUGUUGUGCAGCAGUGAUGAUGUAUGUACAGUAUCACCUGCGUGUUCCCUACACUAAAGCAUUUCAUUAUGUUUUGUCACCAGCAGGGGUCAUCGGUGCAGAGUGAUUGCACUGGAAUGACCUAAUGCUCUGGCUGGUUGGUCCAUACUCACUUCAUUAAACAAGCUACAGCUUGAUGAAUGUUGAAUGAGCAAUGGCACAUCUACGAAAUUUUGCAUGGGGUUCCAAAGGGGUGAUAAAAGAUUCCGGCAGCGUAGCGUGGGAUUGUAAUGGGUGGGGGUCCUCAAAUCUCACUUUAAUAUCUCUCUCUCAGUACCUGCACUUUUACCCUGCCUUUUCAUUAUCCUUCAGAGGGACAAUCGUAAAACGUACUUCUAUUUACUGUAUCUAUCAUUUGUAUUUGAGGUAAACAUACAUCAGUGUAGAACAUUUCAAAAUAAGGCAAGUUUAUGUCCAAAGAAAAAAGGCAAUAUAGCAAAAAAACGUACAUAAAAGGCCAGAAAUUUUAUUAUUCAAAUACCGACCAGUUGACUUGGUUUUGGGGUUGGGGUUAGAAUCAGGUUUAGGUUUAGGUUUAGGUUAGGGUUAGGCAUUUAGUUGUGAUGGUUAAGCCUAGGUUAAGGGGCUAGGGAGGGUAUUAUGUCAAUGAGUGUCCUCACAACAGGCUUAGGUUGGGGUUACUGUUACAUGUCUCACAUACUUGGGAAAGAAGUAUGUGUGCUUGUGUUUGUGUAUUUGUGAACUAUUACAGUCUGCUCUAAACAAGUGAACACAGGUCACAGGUAACCAUGGCAAAAACCUAUACUUAAAAUAAUUACUAGAUAGCAAAUGAUCAACUGCAUAAAUCACAGAUUAACAUUUCGUCUUUGAAUCAAGUGAUUGUCCCUCAUUUCUCUGAUAAAAGAGUUUAAUAGAAUCUUAGCAUAGAAUGUCACGACAUCAUAAUUCUUAUGAAUCAUAAUUUUGAUGUUUAGAACUGGUCAGUUCUCCUUCAGCUGAAAACACUUACAGACCAGAGUUAGUUGAAGAAGUUACAUCGAACAAGUGAGAAAGAUUUGUUGCGGCAAAAUGUCUUCACGUACUCAUGUAGCCAGCUGUUGGUCAACAGGUACAACUGGUAAGGGAAACUCAGCACACAAACACACACACACACACACACACACACACACACACACACACACACGAACACAAAGAUAAGGAGUAACUAAGUAUAUUUACUCAAGCACAGUACUUAGGAGGCUUGCACUUCUUAUUUGACAGUUGGAAAUAUGACUUACUUAGCAGGUUACGAGUUUGAACAAGUGCUUUAACUUUUGAUACUUCAAGUACAUUGUUCUGAUAACACAUACCUACUACGUAACAUUUUCAAGGCAAGAAUUGUACUUGUAAUUGGGUAUUUUUACAUUGUGGUAUUGCUUCUUCUACUUAAUAAAAUGAUCUGAAUGCUGAAGACCAGUGUUGAUCAGAUUUUUCCUCAUUCAGCGUAUUUUGCUCUUCUCCUUCUUUGGGAAUACCAAUCAUUGAAAUGGACAUUAUGCCAUUUGCAGUACCUGACAUAAUAUUCUUCUUCAUGUGGUCAUGGAAUGAUAAUGAAAUGUUUAUUCACAUGAGCAUAAUGAAUGCUUCAGCUACAUUUGUGUGGUGUUGACUGAAUGAGCCCCGCUGACUCCAUGUGUUGAUCUUCACAUGUUCUCCUUCUCUCCCAAUGUACUACUUCUCUGUUUGCCGUCACAGUUGAAGAGAAGAAAUAUGAGAGCUCUGAGGUGCUAAAGAACGACAUACUCUGCAGCAUCACAAGUAGCUACCUCAUUACGGACUUUGGUGGAGAAGGGUGCUUUGCCAAAGUUGCCAAGGGUGUGAAUUUAAUCACAUCGCAGGACGUGGCCCUCAAAAUCCUGCAUACUGAGGAGACCGCUGAAAGAGAGAUCAAAAUGCUCGAAAUACUGAGCGUUCUUGACCCAGUCAAGAAGAAUGUGGUUCGGUUCUUCGAAAAGUUUUACCACAAAGGACAUACCUGUCUGGUUUUCGAAAUGCUUGACAGAUGUCUUUAUCAGCUGCUCGAAGAACGAGACUGGAAGCCACUGUCUCUCUGUGAGAUACGGCCAAUAACGCACCAGUUGCUGACGGCCUUUGACGCCCUGAAGGGUAUAGGCGUCGUACACUCAGACCUGAAGCCAGACAACAUAAUGCUGGCGAACCACGACACUGAGCCCUUCAGAGUCAAACUAAUUGAUUUUGGCCUUUCCUUCGCUACCCGAGAAGAGGCACGUGGGAUGUCAAUUCAGCCUCUGGGUUACAGGGCACCUGAAGUCAUCCUGGGCCUUCCCGUGUCCGAGGCCAUAGACAUGUGGAGUCUUGGCUGCCUGCUUGGGUUCUUGUACCUCGCCGAACACCCGUUUGCGAUUAACUGCGAGUACCAGUCGAUGAAAGGCAUUGUAGACGUUCUGGGCCAGCCAGCUGACCACCUCCUCAGUGCUGGGGACUACACCCACAAGUUUUUUAAGGCGAACCAGCACUGGGACAACCCAAGAUGGUGGAUGAAGACCCCAAGGGAAUACCAGCUUGGCACUGGAAUUGAGCCCGAAACAUGGAAGAGCGCUCUUAGAAGUCUGGAUGACCUGAUGACUCAUGACCCAGAGACACAGGAAUCCAUUGAGCUAGUGGAUCAAAGAGCUUUCGUCAGCCUCCUGAAGAGCCUUCUAAACACCGACCCAGAGAAGAGGAUCACUCCGGGGAAGGCUCUCGAGCACCCCUUUGCCACAAUGGCUCAUCUGAUGGGCGAUAUAGAGACCAGCUUGUAUGUGGAGGAUUGUUUGGAGAAAAUGGCGGUCUUACCGAUGGAUGACUUGGACGAAGACCUAUCUCCAGACAAUGAGGCUGAGGAAGAGCCCAGAGUUGAAGAGCCUUCAGCCACACCUCCUCCUAAUGAUGCAGGCUCAGCCGUUUUUCGUUCCUGUGACGGCAUUAAAAACACGCCUCACUCAUCUGAGGGACUGGAAGCUGCUGCAGAAACAGACGCUGCUGGCUCAGCUGUAGAGGAACUAGCUGUUAGCCGAGGGCAAGCCAGUCCAGCUGAUGGUGAGGCUCAGGUAGAGCCCAGAGGUGAAGAGCCUUCAGCCACACCUCCUCCUGCUGAUGCAGGCUCAGCUGUUAUUCGCUCCUGUGACGGCAUUAAAAACACGCCUAACUCAUCUGAGGGACAGGAAGCUGAUGUAAAAACAGACGCUGCUGGCUCAGCUGAACAGGAACUAGCUGUUAGCCAAUGUCCAAGCAGUCCAGCUGAGGAGACAUCAGCCAAAGACGGGUCACCUGAUGAGGGUCCGCCUGCCAGAGUUAAGGAGAGUCCAUUGAAGAGGAUCAAGAAGUUCUUUGGCAGAGCAAUAAGGACCUUGUUUAAAAUGAAAAAAAAAUGAAUAAAGGAAUGUUGAAUGUCACAUUCAACAUUAAAACCCGAUAACUGGUUCUACUGUUGUGGCUGAUGGGUGUAUAAAUUUGACAUUCAACAUUUGACAGUCGUUGGAGUUUUUGGAGGAAGUCAAGUGUGAAUAGUUGUAAAAUGUCCUGGAUAGGGAGGAAAGGAGAGCAUUGUAGGUGGGGGGUAAGUGGUGUCCUAGACCUUCUCCUCUGUUGAGGGAAGGUUUCUCUACUACCCCCCCUUCUCAACACAUCCGGUGGAGGCAGAUGGCCACACACCAUGAGCCAGGUUCUGCUCGAGGUUUCUUCCCAUUAAAAGGGAGUUUUUCCUCGCCACUGUCGCAAGGAAAAACUCUGGGAAUGUUGGGUCUCUGGAAAUCAUAUUGUAAGGAGUAGUUGUAAUUGUUGUAAAGCAGCUUUGAAUUUUUGACCUGAUGUCAAUAAACAAGAAGUUCCCUUGAA